UGAGGCCAGACUAAAAGGGCCACAUCUGCUGCUUUUCUGCCUCAGCUCGCGACCGCCCAGGUGGACAUUUGUAUAUCUCUCAGGAAGAGAGGUAUUGCUGUCUGCCUGGACGCAAGCCGUUUGGGCGACGGGGGACUAUUGAUUGGCAGGCCACGUGGACCCGGCUGACGCUUCACAUCCCUCCCUGAUUUUCUCGUUUCGGAGCUGCGCAAUCGCGUCCGCUCCGUCUCCAUUGGAGAGAUUGAAGUGCGCGUCAUUUUGCCCCCCUCACCCCCCCUAAAGCUCGUCCAUCACGGUGGAGGUCGAGCUCGGGAGCUGCCGGCCAGGCACGAGAAACCUUAUUAGAGCCCACAACCCUCCAUCGCUGCCUCGACGCCUUGCCCACUGGCCUCUGCCGCUCAACCACCGACCGACACGUCCGCCGAGCGCCUGGACUCACCCCCGCGAAAAUGGCGGGAAUCGAGCAGCUCGAGAUACACAGCAAGUCCUACAUCGUUCGCUGGGUCAAGGUUGACGAUGGAUUUACCGUUUCGUGGAGCGUGCAGCCGCACAAGAAGUCAAUAAACUUCGGCAUCGUCAAGCACCCCGGCACUGGCGGCACGAACCUGGCCACGGCUUCCAUCUUGUCCGAAGACAGCCUCGGCGGCGAUGGCGAGGGUGCGGCGGACGGCAAGGGCGGACUCUUCUCCAAACGAGAUGCUAGCACGGCGCAGGAGCAGCUGUCCAAGAAGGGCUUCAUCAUGGUCAAGUGGCACGGCAAAUGCACCGCCGACAAGGUCACCACAGGCACCCAUGACGUGCCUGUCGGCAAGGGCGGCAUGUACGGCAUGGUCUUCGACAACACCUUUUCCAAACAGACGUCCAAGAACGCCACCUUUGUCGUUCUCACACAUCCCACCGGCACUGCCCCGCAGCCCUCACGAAACAACAUGGCCGACUUGGGCGGCAGCUCCAACGCCAACGCCAGCACUGCUAGUUUGAACAAGACAGCAACGCAGCAGAGCCCGCGGCUCGGGCGCCACCCCUCCGAGUCCUUGGAUAGCCUGCACAGCCAUGUAACUCCAGCUGCUGCGGCCCGUCCCGGAACUUCUGUGGGCGGCGCCUCGGCAAACUGCCACACAGGCAUCCUGAAUAAGCGUCGCCGCAAGAAGGGCCAGGGCUACGCCCGCCGCUUCUUCUCACUCGACUACGCCACCUGCACUCUGUCCUACUAUCAGAACCGCAACACGUCGGCCCUGCGCGGCGCCAUCCCUCUCAGCCUGGCCGCCAUCGCCGCUGACGAGCGUCGCAGGGAGAUUAGCAUCGACUCGGGCGCCGAGAUCUGGCAUCUGAAGGCCAACAACAACAAGGACUUUGCCGACUGGGCUGCCGCUCUCACCAAAGCCACCCGCGCCGCCAGGGGAACUGAACCCACUUCGUCCGGCCGUGACAACUCGUUCCCGCACGGCGCGUCCGGUGACGGCCCGCACGGCCAGUCGGCCCAGCGCCUCGCCCCUGCCCACAGCACCGAGGAGGAGGACAGGGAGUGGCAGCAGGUCGAGGCCCUGGUCAGCCGGGUCGUCGGAACCAGGGACGCCCUCAGGCGGCUGGUCAAGGACAUGUCGUCUCCGGCGCAGCCCACGUCACCGAGGUCGGCCGUUACCCCACAGCAACAUCUUGCGCCUUGGUCUACUAGCACCCCUCCUGUUGCUGAGGAAGGCGAUGGGUACUUCCAGACCCCGCAGACCGCGGCGGAGAGGAAGCCAUUUUGGAAGCGUAAGUCGAGCGCCAACCUGAUCGGCCAGAGCUCGGCGCAGUCUCCAGCAGCUUCACAACAGGGGCUCUCGACGCCGAGCAGCGUCACCACUGCCAUCGUGACGGGCAACUCGUCCUCGGCCGCCGCUGAUAAGCGUAGGUCCAAGUCGUAUGACCUCAACCACGACCAAGGCAGCGACAGCGUGUUGCAGCAAAACUGCAAGGCCCUUCUCGGCGACCUGGACUCGGUUGUGGUCGAGUUCUCGCAGCUGCUGUCCUCGAGCAAGCGCCGGCGCAUACCGGUCCCGGCCUCGGCCGUGUCUCGCAACAGUAUGGAGUCGACCUCGACGGCUGAGGAGUUCUUCGACGCGGCCGAGGGUGAUGGCGACCGCACCGAGCUCCUCAUGAUUGACAACCGGAGCGACGAGUCCCGGCACUCGGACGACGCCGACGAAGGGUUCGCGCACGAGGAGGGCGACGAUGACGGCUCCUCGGUGUCGUCGGUCGACGAGGGCGACGGGGCGGCUGACGAUGGUGCGGGCAACACUCUCUACCACCCGGCAAAGCCCAAGUCGCUGGCACCGCUGCCCAUCACGACGGUGGUCAAGCGGCGGACCACGGUGCCGGCGGCGACGAUGCUGCCGCCGAGCCUUAUCGCGUUCGUGCGCAAGAACGUGGGCAAGGACCUGAGCACCAUCAGCAUGCCCGUGUCGUCCAACGAGCCCAUCUCGCUGCUGCAGCGCAUGGCGGAGCAGCUCGAGUACGCGCACCUGCUGGACGCGGCGGCGCGGCAGAAGCAGGCGCGCGACCGGCUUCUGUACGUGACGGCCUUUGCCAUCUCGCAGUUCAGUUCGGUGCGGGCGCGCGAGCGCGCCAUCCGCAAGCCCUUCAACCCGCUCCUGGGCGAGACGUUUGAACUGCUCCGGGCCGAGCCCGAGGUGCCGGGCGGCCUGCGCAUGGUGGUUGAGAAGGUCUCGCACCGCCCCGUCCGCCUGGCCCUGCAUGCCGACGGCGAGCGCUGGAGCCUCGCGCAGGCGCCGGCGCCGACGCAGAAGUUCUGGGGCAAGAGCAUGGAGCUCACGACCGAGGGCAAGAUACGCGUGACGCUGCGGCUGCCCGACGGCGCCGAGGAACGCUACAGCUGGGGCGUGGCCACCGUGUUCCUGCGCAACGUGGUCAUGGGCGAGAAGUACGUCGAGCCCGUGGGCAGCAUGUCGGUGCUCGACGAGACGAGCGGGGCGCGCGCCGCCGUCGAGUUCCUGGCCAAGGGCAUGUUUGGCGGGCGCGGCGAGGACGUGCAGGUCGAGACGUGGGGGCCCGACGGCGUCCACGCGGGCCUGGCGCUCGCGGGCACCUGGACCGGCGGCCUCCGCCUCGUCGAGGGCGGCAAGUCGUCGGGCGGGCCCGAGAUCUGGUCCGUCGGCAAGCUCGUCGACAACGCCGCCCAGACGUACGGCUUCACCGCCUUUGCCGCCUCCCUCAACGAGAUCACGGAGCUCGAGAAGGGGAGGCUGCCCGCCACCGACUCCCGCCUGCGCCCGGACCAGCGACUCGCCGAGCAGGGCAAGCUCGACGCCGCCGAGGAGUCAAAGGUCCGGCUCGAGGAGGCCCAGCGCACCCGCCGCAGGCUGCUCGAGGAGCGCGGCGAGCAGCACCGCCCCCGCUGGUUCACAAAGGUCGCAGACGGGCCCGACGGGGACGAGGUCUGGAGGAUCAAGUCGGGCAAGGACGGCUACUGGGAGGAGAGGGGCAAGGGAUCCUGGACCGGCGUCGAGGACGUCUUUGAGGAGCCGUGAUUUUUUGUUCCCCUCUUCGUUUCGAUUUAGCUAGCCAGAAUUUUUUGUUUUAUUUUGCUUUUUUUUUUUCAUCUUCUCUCUUGUGCACUCGCGCUGCGUCCUAUUUCCCGUCUCUCCGUCCAUGAUACCAUUUUACCCCGCGAUGCUUCGCAAGGCUACAAGACCAAAAGGCUGUUGAUAGAUGGAAAAAGAUGGCUCUCGUAGAUGUAGACAUGUCAAAAGUCGAAAUAAAAGUUUCUGGAUGGUAUACGCCAGACUAGGUGCCGUA